UACUGCGGUUUUUUUUUUAUCGUGACAUCAUUUAGGGUUUAACACUCAAAGCUCAAAAAACGUUGAAUAUGGAGAAACCUUAGCCAGUAUUGGCUUAAACCCUAACACAAACAGAAAGGACAAAAAUGGAGCUUCAAUCAGUUUGUCGUGGAUUUACACCUCCAAACCUUACAUUAUCAGCUCAGUGUCUCUCGUGUCGUCGAAUAAUUGUUUCUACCAGGCUUGGAAGCUCUUCAAGAACAUAUCGGUCUAGCUUAAGCAGAAGAGUCCUAGUUCACGCUUCAAGUUCUAAUUCUAGUGCGGACACAAAUUUGCAGCUUUCGUAUAGGCAAACUUCAGGUGUGCCUGUUGCUAGUUUUGAUGGGUUGGAACCAUUUAGAGGUAAUUCAGGUUCUGUUUCCUUUUGUGGAUUGACUCACCAGUCUGUGGAAGCUAGAAAAUUGGUGUCAGCACCUUUCAGUGAAGACAAAGGAUCAUUUCUUUGGGUUUUGGGACCUAUCGCAUUGUUAUCAUCAUUGUUUGUUCCGCAGUUCUACCUUAACAAUGCAAUUGAGUCUUUCAUCAAGGAUGCCAUUCUUGUAGAAAUUGUCUCUUCUUUGUUCUCUGAAGCAAUGUUUUACGCCGGUGUUUCAAUAUUCCUGCUUGUAACUGAUAGAAUUCAGCGCCCGUAUCUGCAAUUUAGCCCCAAAAGUUGGGGCCUCGUCACAGGCCUUAAAGGAUACUUGACAUCUGCAUUCUUUGCCAUGGGCUUCAAGGUCAUUGCUCCUCUUCUUGUUGUAUUCAUAACCUGGCCGGUACUUCGCCUGCCUGCCUUGGUUGCUGUGCUUCCCUUCCUAGCCGGCUGCAUUGCUCAACGUAUCUUCGAGAUUCGUUUGGACCAGCGAGGUUCAUCGUGCUGGCCUUUAGUCCCCAUUAUUUUUGAGGUUUAUAGAAUCUAUCAAUUGACGAAAGCUACUCAUUUUAUCGAGAAAUUGAUGUUCGCCAUGAGGGAGCUUCCUGAAUCUCCACAGUUGUUUGAAAGAAACAAUGCCUUAAUUGUGAUGAUAGUCACCUUCCAAGUCCUUGGCGUGGUUUGCCUCUGGUCAUUGUUGACCUUUUUCAUAAGGCUAUUUCCUUCUAGACCUGUAGCUGAGAACUAUUGAUGUUUGUAAAAAUUACUAUAUGUUGUAUUCAAUGGGUUUCAUGCCUAAUUAGCAUAUGCAGAGUAUAAAAUAGUUAGUAGAGUUGAUAUUA